AUGGCAAAAGAUGAUGAGAAUUUGGAAGAGGAGGAAUACAGCUGGACAUUCACCACGGCACUCUUCUUUACCGCCACAUUACUUACAACCAUCGGGCGCUUAUUAAGAUUCCAGCAAGGCUACGUCAAAGUGUUUUUUGCAGGUUAUGGUAAUUUGGUACCAUUAACAUUUCAAGGAAGAAUGUUUUGCAUCAUCUAUGCGCUGUUUGGUGUCCCUCUCAUCCUCAUUACUGUGGCCGAUAUCGGCAAAUUCUUAAGCGAAAAUAUCGUCUGGUUAUAUGCAAAGUGA